UUCUGUUGAGAGAAACCACUUGCGCGUACACUACAGCUGACACUGCAGUCCGACUCAUAAUCACUUUCACUCUCAGCAUCCGACACUUCAAUUGAAAGACUUUUCUUCUUCGCUUUUGAACCCAAGUGGGCUCGACCCCUUUUCUUUGACGGUAUUUUAAAAACACUCUCAGUUUCCAUAGGAGGAUGAUGUUCUCCAAUGACUUCAUUAAAGAUCUGCUCUGCCAAAUCCGAGCUACUCCGUGAAUCCGUGGGCAUUUCAGCCUCAGCGCUUGGAUCUGUUGGGGCACCAUCUGAUGUCUCAACCUGAUUGGAAGCCUUUUUUGCUCCUUGCAUCUCACCUACACUGUCCUCGGCUGUUUCAUCAUUGUUAGCUGCUUCCUGAGACUGUUCUUCACUGGGGAUACCCUCAGUAGAAUUCUCAUCAUUGGACUUAGUCUUUUCUGGACAGCUAUGCGCCAGGUGCCCCAGCUGACCACAUUCAAAACAUUUAAUAGUAUUAGUGGUUACGUAAAUCAUAUAAUUGAAAUCAUCCACCUUAAUAUUCAAAGAAAGCUCAAGUUCUUUGCUGUCUUUCAAGAUAAUGUAGGCAAACCUUCGGAACGACACUACAUGCUUUAAAAGCAGAGAUUUGGUAGCUAUCGGUAUCAUUUUCAAGGGAGAUACUAAUUUUCCAUAACAUGAUAGGGCCUCUGCAAGCACAUCGUUUCCAAUGAAUGGGGGGACAUUAGAAAGAAUUACCUUCCUUGAAGGGCUUGCCAAAGGUAAAACAGGAAUAAACACCUCGUCAAUGUAUAACCCCAAUUCCACCAUGUCAUUUACCAAACUAACCUCAGAAAGGAACAACACCACUCCGCUGUUCAUACCAGAUGCCGAUAAAAUGUUAUCAUGACCAAUGAAUUCACCGACAGCUAAGCUGAUUUUCUCGACAGAGAAAGGAGUAUCCAACUUAAUACCGUGCCUCCUUGUGAGGUAGCCAAAAUGCUCCUCGUGUCUACCCUCAGCAGCCAUACCUCCAAAAAGGAAGCAGACGCCUUAGGUAACAAACAAAAUUCAGCAAACUAUUAACACCAACUCACAAAAACACCAUACAAGGAUAGAAAAAAGAUAGAAAGAAAAAGUUUGUGGCACAGCGGCCACAAACUUCCAGCACUCACUCACACACGCUCCGAACCCGCCCACUCGCACCGCACAUGCGCGACGAGAGAGAGAGAGAGAGAGAGAGAGAGAGAGAAUGAAAGGGGGGAGAGAGAGAUUUUCCAGUGCGUCCGGAAGGCAUUUCAAUGCGACCAGAAGGCAUUUCAGUGCGUCAGGAAAUCACCAUACAGGUUCAUUGUACAUGGAAGUACAGUCUAGGACCGACCGAAGUUUAACAUAAUGCACAAACUGUUAUACUCAUUUUCAUCACAUGUCACAUUUCACUUGUUAGUUCAAACAACGAAGAUGUUACUGAUAUAUUUUUGCGCGUUCUACACUGCCUUGAAAGAAUGCAGGUAAAUCUGACUGUAAGGCGUUUUCAUGAACUUGAAGCCCAUGCCAGAAUAAUACUUCACAUCACAGACAUUGUAGGACAACGUGAUGCCUUGGAGGAAAGACAGUGCACAAUAUUACUACAACAAUUACAUCAGUGGAUAAUUGCUGUUCUGCAACGGUUCCAUGACGAACUUCCGAGAGAAAGUGCUGCCAUCGUACCCCCUACCAACAGAAGCAGAACAGGUCGCCCACGCUACGAUUUGACAACAGAACAGAUAGGGUUAUGUUUGGGUCUUGGGCUGAACUGGCAAGGAAUAGCCUCACUAUUUGGCAUUGGGCGACGGACUUUGUACCGCCAUCGACAACGCCUGGGUGUACCACCUCUUCAGUAUGCUCAACUGUCUCGGGAGAAUUUAAUAUCAAACAUCAGACACACACUGGAAACUACGCCGAAUGCUGGUGAGACCUAUGUACGAGGCAGUCUGCGGCACAUGGGGAUUCGUAUCCAGCGCAGGAGAGUGCGAGAAGCUCUACAAGCAAUUGACCCGGUGGGACGAUGUGUACGUCACCGACAGGCCAUUCGCCGCAGGACCUACUAUGUCCAUGGUCCGAAUGAGUUACGGCACAUUGAUUCUAACCACAAAUUAAUUCAUUGGAGAUUGGUGUUCCACGGAUGCGUGGAUGGAUAUAGCCGCACCAUUAUAUACCUAGACUGCUUAACAAAUAAUAGAGGCUCUUGUGUGCUGACGCUAUUUGAAGAGGGGGUGUGCAACUUUGGGCUUCCAUCAAGAGUCCGGUGUGACCGUGGAACUGAAAACUUGGAGGUUGCGCGUUUCAUGCUGAACAGAAGGGGGUUCUAUCGGGGAAGUGUCAUUGCAGGCCGCAGCAUGCAUAACCAAAGAGUAGAACGACUUUGGGCUGAGUUGAAUCGUGUUGUGUCAUAUUUUUAUGUUGAACUUUUCACCUUUAUGGAAAACCAAAACUACCUCGACUCAUUGUCGGAGCUACACAUGUUCGCACUUCACUACAUUUAUGUACCAUGAAUACAAUGGGCUGCGAGGGAGUUCCGUAAUCAAUGGAAUAAUCAUGCUUUGUCGACUGAAAGGUACAGGACACCACUCCAGCUGUGGUUCAGUGGUAUCAUCAGGCAUAUAGGCCAGGACAUCACAGGGGUCAACGAUGUCUUUGCACCUCUUGAAUCCCAAGGUACCACCUACCAUGAAACACCUCCUGAACUUCGAUUCAACAGUGUCGUAGAAGCUCCAGAUAAUGAUUUUCAUGUGAAUGACACUACUAUGGAAGAAAUCCGUCACACAACUGAUCCUUUGGGGGAAGAUGGAAACUAUGGAAUAAAUCUAUUUGUUACCCUUGUCAACUUCUUGGAAACUAGAUAAU